CACUGCACCCGCAUCACAGAUUCAAUGUCCGUCAAUGUCGCCUAACCGACCUGAAAUCGGCAGCAAACCCGGACGGAACCACGAGCGCGAACGUGCACAAUGCAGUUGAUGGCAACUUGCCUGGGGUGGUGUGUGAUGGGGAAAAGUCGAGUCAUGCCGUCCGAAACUGUCUCGGCCGCUUAUUAUUACUACCUCUUUUGCGCCAAUGUGCCUGCCAAGCCGCGAUGCAGUGCAAGCGUUUGCCUAGCAUCGAGUCUCGAACCCCCACACGCGGACCCUGAAGGCGAGACAAUGUGGGUGUGGGUGUGUCUAUACCGAGCCGAUAGCCUGGUAGGGAUUUCCAUCGAGGAGUCGCAUCGUGCAGACAUGCAACGUGCAGCAGGAACAUGGCACAUGUAAAGCACCUCGCCCCUGAUUCCCAUCCCAUCCUUCCGUAUCGUCCUCUCUCUAGCGUCACCCUUCCCCUUCACGGCCCCAACGCCGUCCCAGCAUCACCAUGGGACACUUCUCCGAGCUGGUGGAGAACCUGCGGGCCUUCACGCCGCAGGAGCGCCGCAACAUUGCCAUCUACAUCACGGGCAUCAUGAUCUACAAGUUCGGGCUCGAAGCUUUCAACGGCUCCAUCAUCGCGCUCGCCACCAACCGAUAUGACUACGAGGCCAUCCAGAGCGGCACGCCGAGCCGGACCUUCGAAAGAGUCGGGCUGCUUACCGGCCUGAACCAGGCCUUCCAGUGCUUUGGAUCCAUCCUCAUCGGGCCGUUGGUGAAACGAUACCCCACCAAGAACGUCCUGUCCUGCGCCAUUCUGAUCUUCGGAGUGUGUUCGGCGCUGUUGCUCAUCAUCGACGCGGCGACGGGCGGCACCUUCAUGCCCGCUUCUUAUCGCGAUAACCCUCGCAAGAAUGAGUGGCCGUACUACGGGAAAUACAACACCGACGCCAUCAUCCCGGUCUACUGUGUGUCGGGCAUCGUCUACGGCAUGGUCGAGCUCAUCCGGCGCGUCAUCCCGCGGGACAUCGUCGGCGGCCACGUGCAGAAGCUCAAAAAGAUGGAUUCCCUCGUGCACAUCUUCUACGAAAUCUCAGGCACGGCCGGCGCCUUCGUCACGGGGCUGGUCAUCAUCCCGCAGCUGGGCAACAACAUGUCCUUCAUCGUGACGCCGAUCUGCUUCGCCCUGGCCGCAUUCGCCUGGUUCUUCAUCAGCGAGCUCGACUUCCGCCGCGCACAGGCACAGACACAGAAACAGAAACACAACAACAACAACAACAAGACCUCCUACUUCCGGGCCGCGUGCAGCGGGCUCUUCCUCUUCGCCGAGUCGGUCUGGGUCGGCGCGAGGAUCCUGUUUACGUCGCGCAAGUUUGUCUGGCUCGUGCCGGGCUACUCGGUCGCGCUCUACGCGCACCGCUACCUCGAGAACAACAUCGCGCCCCAGAUCGCCCGCCGCUACCUGGGCAACAGCGCCUGGGCCCAGAUCAUGGUUGGCGGCUCCAACCUGGGCGAGCUGCUCGGCGCGUUUAGCGUCUUGCUGUUUACCAACGCCGUGCAGACGCCCAUGCCGUGGCUGCGCCUGGACGCGCUGAUGCUGCUGAUUGUGUGGUAUGUGCCCUUCUGGUACCCGCCUGCGGGCGAUGUCGGCCAGGCCUGGAUUGUGGCCGCUACGCUGUGUCCUGUUGCCUACGGCUGGGCGUCGGGCGAUGUUUCGUUGGCGGCGUAUAUUCAGGCGUCGCUAGCGAGGAUUGAGUCGCAGAAUAAGAAUGUCUCCGCGCUGGGCGCCGUCAUGGCGUUUUUAUACUCCUUUUACAUCGUCACGUAUGCCGUUGCGGGCACGCUCCUGGGGAGGUACCUCGAUGGGGUGUACAACAAGAGCGGCGGGACGAAUGGCGGCGAGGUCAGGAGUGGGUUGUUGUUUACCGCGGGCGUGCAGAUGAGCAUUAUUUCCGUCUUGGUGUUUGCGUCGACUUUCGUACCGCGGGGUGCGUUUGCGUUUAAUCCGAAGCUGAUCUCGGACGAGGUGCUGGAUGAUGAUGAUCAUAUCGAGAUCGAGGAGCAGCGGCCGAGGCCGGAUGAUGGGAAUCGGGAUAGGGGCGAUGACGGGUUCAAGAAGUCUCAGAGCUACUGCGGCAGCGAGGAUGGGUCGGAACCGAGGGUGGAGAAAAGGAUUGCUGAGAUGCUGUAGAUGUUGGGGUAGACUUGAUGCUUGCACAUACAUAGAUGAUGGGCUGUAUGUACGGUACUUGAUGGGUGGCCGACACAUUCAAGUCAGGGGGUAUAAAGUACAUUAUCAAUUAUUCCCGGCGUUAGGGCUCUAGA